AUGACCAUUGCUGCUGCAGGAUUUGCAAGCUGUUAUAUUUUGCAAGACAUGAAGCACAUGGAGCCUCAAGCAAAUACGUCUUUCAAACUACGGUUGAAGAGGGCCUUCAGUGGUGGCUGUUCCAGGGGUGGCCAUUACAAAAUGACAAAACAGGAAGCAACAUUAAUACUAGAUAUAAGCUCUACUACCAAUAAAGGAAAAAGAAGAGACGCUCAUCGACAAAUUAUGCUUUUAAAUCACUCAUACAAGGAAGCAUCUCCUUGUGUAGCAGCCAAAAAAUAA